AUGGUAGCACUCUUCUCAGAAUGGGUCAACAUUGGGAGCAUAAUAGGGGCAGCCGUGACGAACGCUACGAAGAGCCGUUUGGAUAAAGCAUCUUACCAAAUACCGCUUGGAACUCUCUUCAUCGUACCGACGUUCCUAGCCUUAGGCCUUUUCCUCGUACCCGAAUCACCUCGAUAUCUUUUGUACAAAGGAAAUAUGGAGGCGGCGAGAGAGUCAUUAAAGACGCUCAGAGGGGACUCACUAACUCCCGAAGCGUUUGAGCUGGAAUGGGUUGAGAUGGUUAAAGGUAUCGAAGAGGAAAAGCAAGCAGCUAGAACAAUUGGGCCACUAGACAUGUUUAAAGGGACCGAGCUAAGACGCACACUUCUCUGUUACGGCAUCAUUGCUACACAAACAGGAGCCGGUUCAUGGUUUAUCAUCAGCUACUCAACUUAUUUUAUGAUUGUUGCCGGGUUAUCAGUGGACGAUGCCUUCAAGUUUUCAGUCAUGAAUACCUGUCUGGGUUUCAUUGGUGUUAACUUCGGCAUGUACCUGAUGCGCCACGUCAUGGGUAGACGAACUAUUUUGAUGACAGGCGCUGUGACCCAGGGGCUUGCAAUGUUGGGAAUGGCAGUCUCCGCGACUGUUGCAUAUGGAACACUCUCCGCUCGAAACUGCGUCAUUGCGUUUACUGCAUUGUAUCAAUUCUCUUACAAUGCUUUCGUUGGAGACGCAACAUACCCUACGGCUACGGAGGUGGGGGCUAAAUAUGCUUACAUAUGGGCUGGCUCGAAUCUGUGUUGCUUGGUGUUCUUUUACAUUUGCGUCCCAGAGACGAAAGGGAGAACACUGGAAGAAAUCGAUGAACUAUUUGCUAACCAGGUGUCCGUUCGAAAUUUCAAGGCUUUCAAGACUAAUAUCGUAGCCGAAGCUUUGAAGGAAUUGGAAACUCGUGUUCCGGGAUCAGAAAAGAAGUUGGCUAUUGCGGAGCAUGUUGACGAGCCUUAA